AUGUCGGAAAUUAUACCCGGAGAUGUCUCGUCUAAGCGAAAGCUAGACUCUGACGAAAGUUUUGAUCCCGAACUUUACGGUCUUCGACGAUCUGGACGUACUCGUAUAAAUCCAGGAAAGUAUAUAGAUGCUGAAUUAGAUGAGGAAUUACCCUCAAGACAGCGUCAUGGUACGAGAAAUGGGACUCAUCGCCAAAGAAAUAUUAGUGAUGACGAUGAUGAUGAUGAUGAGAACGCUGAAUCCUUGUCUUCAUCAGGGGAUGAGGACAGCGGUGGCAGUUCUUAUGGUGAUAAUGCUCGUAGGAGCUCCAGAAGAAGGAAACCAACACCUGACGACGCUCUAGAUGAAGUAAGGUUUUCCUCGCGUAAUUCUAAAGGCGUAAACUAUAAUGAAGAUGCCUAUUUUGAAUCAAUUGAAGAUGAAGAGCAACUCGGUGAUGGCUAUGAUUAUGAUGCAGAGGCUCCAGAGGAGCCUGAAGAAACAAAAGCUAUAGACUGUGUUUUAGAUCACAGGCUUAUAGAAGGACGUGAUGGAUCAAAAAUUACAGAAGAUUACGAAUACCUUAUAAAAUGGAUGAAUAUGUCCCACUUACAUUGCAGCUGGGAAACUUACGCUAAUUUGGUUGGUUUCCGAGGAGCAAAAAAAGUUGAUAAUCAUACCAAGCAGGUUAUUAUGUUGGAACGUGAAAUACGUGAAGAUCCAACUACAACCAGGGAGGACAUUGAAGCGAUGGAGAUUGACAUAGAGCGCAAACGGGAUAGUUACGAAGAAUACAAGCAGGUUGAUCGCAUUGUCUAUCAGUACAGGAAUCCCGAAGGUUCUUUGGAAUACUUGGUUAAAUGGAAGCAUCUCUCAUAUGAUUUCUGCACAUGGGAAUCUGCUGACACAAUUGAGCCUAUAGCCCCUGAACAAAUACAAUCUUUCCAUGAAAGAGAGCAUAGCCCAUUGAUGCCAUCUCGUGGCACUAACUAUGGUCAUACCCGUCCCAAGUAUCGCAAACUAGAGCAGCAGCCUUCUUAUAUUAUAGGUGGUGAAUUACGUGACUUCCAAUUGACAGGUGUUAAUUGGAUGGCCUAUCUUUGGCACAAGGAUGAAAAUGGUAUUUUGGCAGACGAAAUGGGUUUAGGUAAAACUGUACAAACUGUGGCUUUUCUUUCUUAUUUGGCCCAUUCUUUAAGGCAGCACGGACCGUUUAUUGUGAUAGUACCGUUGUCCACGGUCCCUUCAUGGCAAGAAACUUUUGAUCUUUGGGCUCCGGAUAUGAACUGCAUCAGUUACCUUGGUAAUACCGCUUCUAGACAGGUUCUACGAGAUUAUGAGUUUUACGUCGAAGGAACUCAAAAAUUAAAGUUCAAUUUGCUGCUUACUACUUAUGAAUAUGUUCUAAAAGAUCGUUCGGUUUUAGGUAAUAUCAAGUGGCAGUACAUGGCAAUUGAUGAAGCCCACCGUUUGAAAAACAGUGAAUCCUCCCUUUAUGAAACAUUAUCCCAAUUCAAAAAUUCUAACAGAUUGCUUAUUACGGGUACUCCACUUCAAAAUAACAUUAAAGAGCUUGCAGCUCUAGUCGAUUUUUUGAUGCCCGGAAAAUUUGAUAUACGGGAGGAAAUCAAUUUGGAAGCUCCGGAUCAGGAACAAGAGACCUAUAUUCGAAAUCUGCAACAACAUUUACAGCCUUAUAUUUUAAGAAGAUUGAAGAAGGACGUUGAAAAGUCCUUGCCUUCUAAAUCAGAACGUAUCCUGCGAGUUGAAUUGUCUGAUUUGCAAACCUAUUGGUACAAGAAUAUUUUAAGCCGUAACUAUCGAGUUCUGACUCAAAGUAUAAUGUCUGGUAGCCAGAUUUCACUUUUGAAUAUCGUGAUAGAAUUGAAGAAAGCAAGUAAUCAUCCAUAUUUGUACGACGGAGUUGAAGAAUCGUGGAUGCAGAAAAUUGGUUCUCAAGGACGACGAGAAGAAGUACUUAAAGGCUUGAUUAUGAACAGCGGGAAAAUGGUUUUACUUGAUAAGUUACUCUCCAGGCUACGCCGAGACGGGCAUCGUGUCCUAAUUUUCAGUCAAAUGGUUCGUAUGCUAGAUAUACUUGGUGAUUAUAUGGCAUUAAGAGGCUAUCCUUAUCAGCGGUUGGAUGGUACUGUUCCUGCAUCUGUUCGAAGAGUUUCCAUUGACCAUUAUAAUGCUCCCGGAAGUCCUGAUUUCGUUUUCUUGCUUUCAACUCGAGCUGGUGGUCUAGGUAUUAAUCUGAUGACAGCUGACACUGUUAUUAUUUUUGAUUCCGAUUGGAACCCACAGGCCGAUUUGCAAGCCAUGGCUCGUGCCCAUAGAAUUGGUCAAAAGAACCAUGUUAUGGUUUAUCGUCUUCUAUCAAAAGACACAAUUGAGGAAGAUGUGUUGGAAAGAGCCAGAAGGAAAAUGAUUUUAGAAUACGCAAUUAUUUCUCUUGGUGUCACUGACAAACAAAAGGAUGCCAAAAGUGACAAGUAUUCGGCGGAAGAGCUCAGUGCGAUUCUUAAAUUUGGAGCUUCCAAUAUGUUCAAAGCAGAGGACAAUCAAAAGAAGCUGGAAGAUAUGAAUUUGGAUGAAAUAUUGGAGCAUGCUGAAGAUCAUGACACAUCGAAUGAUGUUGGUGGUGCCAGUAUGGGUGGUGAAGAUUUUUUGAAGCAAUUCGAGGUUACAGACUACAAGGCCGACGUUUCUUGGGAUGAUAUUAUUCCGCUAAAUGAAAGACAAAGGUAUGAAGAGGAGGAUCGACGAAAAGAACAAGAAGCCCUCAAACGGGAGAUUGAGUUAAAUAAUAGGCGUGGAAACAGACCGUACCCAAUUGAAAUGACUGCCUCUUCUCCUAGUAAUUCAGUGGCUUCUGAGAAAAAGACAAAGAAACAAAAGUUGAGGGAUGAGGUGUUGUUAGAAAAAGAGAUUCGAUUGUUAUAUCGUGCGAUGAUCCGGUAUGGUCGUCUUCAACAUCGAUAUAACGACAUUGUUAAAUACGCAGAUCUAUCGACCCAAGAUGCUCAUUUAGUUAAAAAGGUAGCUUCCGACUUGGAAGCGGUAUGUCAAAGAGCCAUCAAUGCUGCCGAAAAAGAGGCCAACGCUGAGCAGGCAAACCAAAAGUCUCGAAAAGCACUGUUGAUAACUUUUAGGGGAGUAAAAAACAUUAAUGCUGAAACUUUGAUUCAACGUUUAAAUGAUCUUGAUGUCUUAUAUGAAGCAAUGCCAUCAUCAGGAUAUUCCUCUUUUGAGGUUCCUGUGCAUCUUCGGUCUGUCCACGGUUGGUCAUGUGAAUGGGGAAAGCGCGAAGACUCCAUGCUACUAGCGGGUAUUUGUAAACAUGGGUUCGGAGCUUGGCUAGAGAUUCGUGAUGAUCCUGAAUUAAAAAUGAAAGACAAGAUCUUUUUAGAUGAUAAUAAAGUUGAUAAUCCCGGAGAGAAGGAUAAAGAAAAAGAGAAAAAGGUUCCUUCUUCAGUACAUUUGGUACGACGAGGCGAAUAUCUUUUGAGUGCUUUACGAGAAUAUCACCGUAAGGUUGAAGAAGGCGUUGAAACUCCAAAGCCCGCUCCGAAAAGGCAGGCCCAAAACAAGAAAGCAGCGAACAAAUCAAAUAAGAAUGGUCAACGCAGUGAAAGUGUAACUCGGACUCCCUCUCCGACGGUUUCUGAAUCGCGAAAGAAACAUGUUACUAAAGAAGUGAAAUCAGAAGCACUUCAUAGAGAGUCGCCUCGCACUUCUGUUGAACCAUCCAUCAAACAGGAAGAAUCUGACCAACCCGAAGGUGAUGGAUUGACUAGUGAACAAAAGGCAAGAUGCAAGGAGCUGAUGUAUCCUGUUCGUAAGCAUAUGAAAAAGCUUCGAAAGGGUUCCACUGGUUUGGAAAGAACACAACUGGUGAAGCUAUUUACGGAGUGUUUAACGACGAUAGGAGGACAUAUAGACGCUACCGUUACAAAACUCCCUGACAAUGAAAAGGAAGCUGUUCGUAAGGAUUUGUGGAUGUUUGUUUGUUACUUUUGGCCCAAAGAUGAAGUCAAAUACACUAGUUUGAUAACCAUGUACCAAAAGAUGAAGUGA